AUGGAUCGGGUGGUGAUUGUUGGAGCGGGUCUCUACGGCCUCAUCAUGGCAAAGACGUAUCUUCAAGUCUCGGGCGCUUACGACUCGCGCGGGGCCCUACCAGAUGAUCCCACUGAUCCCACUGAUCCCACUGAUCCCACUGAUCCCACUGAUCCCACUGAUCCCACUGAUCCCACUGAUCCCACUGAUCCCACUGAUCCCACUGAUCCCACUGAUCCCAGUGAUUCCAUUCCCAACGGAUUGCCCCCAUGCUUCACAGGCAUGCGACACCAAGUCGAACCCUGCGCUGGCACAUCUCUCCUUGUUCUCGACUCGGCAUCGGACAUCGGAGGCACGUGGGCAGAAGAGAGGCUAUACCCAAACUUGCUCAGUCAAAACUCCUACGGGAUGUAUGAGUUCAGUGACCUGCCUCUCUCGCAAGUGACACCCGCAGAUUCCUCGGGAGUUGGGCAACAGUUCAUCGCCGGGUGGAAGAUCAACCGUUACCUGCAUGUUUGGACCGAAAAAUGGCAUCUCAAGAAAUAUAUUCGGCUUGGUUGGCGAGUGGAAUGUGUACGACGUCUUGCGAGCAACGAGUGGGAGCUUGAAGUUGAGAUCCACAAUGAGUCCACGCCCACUCGAAAAGUCAAAGUGGUAUGCGAUAAAUUGAUUCUCGCAACUGGACUCACUUCCCUGCCGAAUUCUCCCGCCGUAUCAAUGCCAGGCAUCCCAGCUUCAAACUCCGUGAUACAUGCAAAAGACGUCGGUACUUGGGCUCGCAACAAUCUCGGAUAUCACCCGUUGCCAAAAGACGAUCCUUCACAACACCGAGUAGUCCCGAAAAGGCAUAAGGAGCCUCUUUGCAAGUCAGUCGCAAUCUAUGGGGGAGCCAAGUCAGCCUUUGACCUGGUCCAUUUUUUCGCCACUCUACAUCAAACUGACACCUCCCUGCACUUGCAAAAAGCGCCAUCCGAGGCCGUGAAAGUACAUUGGAUCAUCCGCGAGGAUGGGACAGGGCCAUCGUGGAUGACGCCCCCGACCUCAAUCUCGCCAUUUGGUGAGGCUGUUCCAAGUGACAAAGGUGCAAGUAUCAGAUUGCUUCAUUACUUGGACCCUUGUUGUGGCGAGGAACCGAAGCGGUUGGCUGUCACCUACAAGAAAGGAGGAUUGCUCCCUACUCUUUCUUUGAGGGGCUCAUGGCUCGCACGUCUCUUUCAUGGCAAUCCGCUUGGAAGGUGGUGGAUUCGUCGAUUCUGGUACUCGGUGGACCAGAACUUGCAGAGCUUUGCAGGAUAUCAGACUGAUUCAAAGAUGCAGCUACUACGACCUAGUAACAGUGUGAUCUCAUGCGUGUCUCCGAUUGGUAUUGCCAAUCAACCAGACUUUUGGGAUACGAUCAGGUCGGUCAAUGUCAGUGUGUACCGAUCGUCAGUUGAGAGAAUUAAGAUUCUCACUGGCAACACCUCCAAACAUCCAAAUGAAGCUCUACAGAUAUCUCUGGCCAGUCAACAAGUCCUCCCCUCGGUUGAUCUCCUUGUACAUGCCACUGGAUACAAACCCAUCGUUCCGAUUGCUUUCGAACCGCCAAGCCUCCGUCUACAGUUGGGAUUGUCUGCGCUUCUGCCAGCCGAACGCCAGUUGUCAAAUACAGAGAAGGAACAUGAGCCCUGGGUGGUGCAUAUUUCUGAGGAGGACGUCGUGAAGAGUUAUAAUCAAAAGUGGAAACAGAUCGAUAGCAAUACCCGAGAUAUCGCUAAAAACCAGCACCAUGCAAUGGGCUGUCAUGCCGCAGAGCGAGAACCACCAUCGUGGAGCACGCAGUCUCAACUUCUUCCCUAUCGGCUAUUCCGUCGCAUGGUCUCUGCAGAAUUAGUCCACGAGGGGGAUCGUUCUUUUGCAGCCAUGGGCAUUCUCUAUACCUCCACGGUGGCGGUCGUGGCCGAGGUCCAGGCACUUUGGGUCACGGCGUUUCUCACAGGGGGGUUUGACUUUGACGGAGCUUCCCGCGACGGAAAGCUACGCGUGGAAACCAACCUUCACUUCGACCAUCUAUCACAAAGUGACAUGGAAAGUAUCAUAUCAGAGGAUGUUGUGGUGGGAUCAAUGACAGGGACUGGCCUCGAGGUUGAUGCUCUUCAUGUUGCCACGAGCCCCGCUGACGAGAUUAACUUGCAGUACAAUGACAUGCUGAUGCGAGAUCUUGGUUUGAAUCCACAUCGCUUGGGAGGGGGUAUGUGGAGGGAGCUCGUUGGGAACUACGAGCCCUCUGUGUAUGCUGGCAUAGUCGAUGAGUGGAGAGCCAAGCAAAGUGACGUCUGA